GCGCAGAGGGCGUGGGCGGGGCCUGCCCGGCGCCUGCGCGCUGCUCGCCGCGGGUCCCGAAUACAAGAUGGCGGCGGAGGCUGCCAGGGUGAGGCGGCGGCGCGAUGGCGGCGGGAAGGGCCGCGCGGGGGACGCAGCCUUGCACACACUCUGGCUGAGCCCCCAGUUGGCAUGAGGCCCAACCUCCCUCCGAGAGACGGAACUGGACUGCCUGGAUUCCUCCUGCCACUCAUCUGCCGGCCACUGGGGCGAGUAGGACUGAGGGACUGGGGGCCUCCUUGGGGCCACUGCCGAGCCCCUCUGCCCCCUUCCGCGCCCCAUAGAGAAGACUGAUCUCCAGGAUCUGCAGAAGCACCUCAGCUGCCGCACCCUUGCAAAUGCGGCGAAAUGGCCAAUGAGAACCACGGUGGCGCCAAGGAGGAGGCUGCUCUCAUGAGCCACUCUCCCAGCACCUCCCACCAGAACCAGCCAAGCUCUCCGAAGCCCGUCCGGCUGGUGCAAGACUUGCCAGAUGAACUGGUGCAUGCUGGCUGGGAGAAGUGCUGGAGCAAGCGCGAGAACCGCCCCUACUAUUUCAACCGCUUCACCAACCAGUCGCUCUGGGAGAUGCCGCUCUUGGGGCAGCACGACGUCAUUUCCGACCCGCUUGGCCUGAAUGCUGCUCCGGCGCCUGCAGACGGGGGAGUUGGGGAUGCUGCCGCUGCUGCUGCCACCGCCGCAACCACCGUCGCCACCCCCACCACCCCUACCACCGCCACCCCCACUGCCGAGAACAAGGCGCAGAAACGAAGGCUUUCUGAGGAGGUUCAACCCAGCGGCAACAGCGUGAAGAAGCUCAAGGUGGAGAUACCGGGGAACCCUCCGGCGCAGCCAGCCCCAAACUCUUCAAACACCCCAGGCACCCCGGUGCUGAAGAUGUGGGGCCUCUCUCCCGAAGACAAGCAGAUGGCUCUUCUGCGGCCGACAGAGGUCUACUGGGACCUGGACAUCCAGACGAACGCCGUGAUCAAGCAGCGGCCCCCCUCGGAGGUGCUCUGCCCCCACCCGGAAGUGGAGCUGCUCCGCUCCCAGCUGAUGCUGAAGCUGCGCACACAUUACAGGGAGCUCUGCCAGCAGCGGGAGGGGAUCGAUCCUCCCCGGGAGUCCUUCAACCGGUGGAUGCUGGAGCGGAAAGUGGUGGACAAAGGGUCGGACCCUCUGCUGCCCAGCAGUUGCGAGCCGGUCGUGUCCCCUUCCAUGUUCAGAGAAAUCAUGAAUGACAUUCCCAUCAGGCUGUCCCGAAUCAAGUUCCGGGAAGAAGCCAAGCGGCUCCUCUUCAAGUACGCAGAGGCGGCCAAGAGGCUGAUUGAAUCCAGGAGCGCCUCUCCGGACAGCAGGAAGGUGGUGAAGUGGAACGUGGAGGACACCUUCAGCUGGCUGCGGAGGGACCACUCGGCCUCCAAGGAGGACUACAUGGACCGCCUGGAGCACCUGCGCAAGCAGUGCGGGCCCCACGUCUCCGCUGCCGCCAAGGACUCCGUGGAGGGCAUCUGCAGCAAGAUCUACCACAUCUCCCUGGAGUACGUCAAGCGCAUCCGCGAGAAGCACUUGGCCAUCCUCAAGGAGCACAAUAUCUCUGCUGAGGUGGAGGCUCCCGAGGCACAGGACCGGCUGGUGUACUGCUUCCCGGUGCGGCUGGCAAUCCGCUCCCCUCCGCUGCCCAGCGUGGAGAUGCACGUGGAGAACAACAUGGUCUGCGUGCGCUACAAGGGGGAGAUGGUGAAGAUCAGCCGCAACUACUUCAGCAAGCUGUGGCUGCUUUAUCGGUACAGCUGCAUCGACGACUCCAGCUUCGAGCGCUUCUUGCCAAGGGUUUGGUGCCUUCUCCGCCGAUACCAGAUGAUGUUUGGGGUCGGGCUCUUUGAGGGGACCGGCCUGCAGGGCUCCCUCCCGGUGCACAUCUUCGAAGCCCUCCACAAGCUUUUUGGCGUCAGCUUCGAGUGCUUUGCCUCCCCGCUGAACUGCUACUUCAAGCAGUACUGCUCGGCCUUCCUGGACACGGACGGCUACUUUGGAUCCAGGGGCCCCUGCCUGGAGUUCUUCCCCAUCAGCGGCUCCUUUGAGGCCAACCCCCCCUUCUGUGAGGAGCUGAUGGAUGCCAUGGUGUCCCACUUUGAGAAACUGCUGGGCGCCUCCUCCGAGCCGCUCUCCUUCAUCGUCUUCAUCCCCGAGUGGCGGGACCCCCCCACGCCGGCCCUGACGCGGAUGGAGCAGAGCAGCUUCAAGCGGCACCAGCUCAUCCUGCCGGCCUUCGACCACGAAUACCGCAGCGGCUCCCAGCACCUCUGCAAGAAGGAGGAGAUGUACUACAAGGCGGUGCACAACACGGCCAUCCUCUUCCUGCAGAACGAGGCCGGCUUUGCCAAGUGGGAGCCCACCCCGGAGCGGGUGCAGGAGCUGGUGGCCGCCUUCAAGCACUCCGGGCGGACCCUGGCCGCUGCCGCCGCCUCUGCCGCCUCCGCCGCCUCCACCGCCGCCCCCUCCUCCUCCUCUUCCUCCUCCUCUUCCUCGGACAAGGACCGAGAGGCGGGCAAGGAGCAGCAGAGCGCCAGCGGAGAGAGCACCCCCAACUGAGGGGCCCUGAACUGACCGGACAGGCAGAAGAAACGAAGGAAAGGGAGCGAGGAGGGGCCCGGCUUGGCCAGCGGGAAGCAGCUGGCCCUCACGGACUGGAGCCGGCCCUUUGCCCGGCAGCCCUCCCUCCCUCCCUCCCUCCCUCCCCGGAUCUGCAGGCCUGUGCUGGGGGACUGGGCUCCGGCCGGGGCAGAUGGACAGGCUGCAGGCCCUGGAUUUGCAAGGACGGGCACCAUGGUGACUGCUGGACCUUGGGAGGGAGCAGCUGGACCUCGGCCAGGGAAGUGAGUCUCCUUAAGGAAGGAAGGAAGGAAAGAAGGAAGGAGCAGUGACGGAAGGGCUGCAGCAAGGACUCCGCCGCGUGCCCGCCCUGUAAAUACGCCCUCUCCUCCUCCUCCUUUCCCCGUCGCCAGCCCCCCCGGAGCCCCCAGUUCUGCCCGUCUCCACCGAAGCCCUUUCCCGUGAACCGCGGAGCAGAGGAGCCCCCCCCCCCUUUGUGUGUCUGUGUGUACAGAGGUCUUGGCUGCCAUUUUUGUAGUCGUCAUGGUUUUUACCUGGAGCUCCAGGCUUUCCUGGGGCGGCUUUUUUUUAAGGGAUUUAAUUUAACAGUGCUAACCAUUUUAUUACUUUUAUCAAAAAAAAAGAGCAAAGGAAAAGUCUAUUUUUGAUUUUGUUUCCUAGUUCUUAGGGACAUUAAAGACCAGCAUUACAAUGUC